AGUAUGAACGGACCAAAAAAAAAACCCAUUCACAGGACAGUCUCACCAACGGAUAACAUCAUUGAGAUUCUCCCGCUCGUUGCCACACAUUUCCUUCUUGUCCUCUGUCAAGGAUGAAGGUGACUGGAGAGCAUCUAAUCACAAGAUUACAUGUAAAUUCCAGCUUCUACGUCGUGGGGAUGGUGCCCAAAUCCUCAAUGCACCAGGCGGGUUUGUAAGUAACAAGUCACCAAUCCGUCUGAGCAUCAAUCAAUGGCUGCUAGCAGCAGAGCAGUUGGGAUUUCGGGCUUAACAGGGGCAAAAACUGCUGCCCUAUUGGACAGAUCUUUUAUUUCUAAUUCAUCAAUUCAAACUGCCGCCUUUUAUAGAUUCCAAGGAAAACCAUCAUGCAGGCAUCCUAGUCUGAGAUUAAAUGCCACUGCUAAAGAAAAAUUGGACGACAGUGUACCACCAAAAAUACUGUACUAUCUACCCACAGUAUUCUCCAUUCUCAGCUCUGCAGGGGAUGCAGAGGCUGUGACAAAGGAGGAGAUUGUUACCACAUUGACCCAGGUGGAGGAGACAUACCAGCAAAUUUCAGGGGCAGCAUCAACUGCAUAUGGGGUCUCCAAAGACUUCCUUGAUCAGGUUCUCAAGAUCAUCAAGCCUGCAAUGGAUGCAAGCAUGCCAUAUCUACAAAAGGCUACUGAUUCAGCAGUGCAGGUAGCUACCCCAGUUGCAUCGGAUGUCAGUCAGAAAGCCCAAAAAGCACUUCAAGAUGCUGGGGUAGAUACAAAACCAGUAGUAGAAGCUGCUAAGACUGCAGCUGUGAUAGCUGGGGGAGCAGCAGAACAAACUACGAAAGCAUUUGAAGGGGCAAAGCCCGUAGCUUCAUCCACCAUAGAGUCCCUCUUAUCAGCAGGUCCUAUUGUCCUUGCAGAAGCUGUUGGGGCACUUAUCUUGCUCUAUCUGAUUGUUCCCUCCAUUUUGUCCAGCAUUUCCUUUUCUUUCAGGGGGUAUAAAGGUGACCUUACCCCACCUCAAGCUCUUGAACUUCUGACAAAGCAAGAUUAUGUGAUGAUUGACGUUAGAACAGAGAAGGAGAAGUCCAAGGCUGGAAUACCAAGUUUACCAAGGCCAGCUAAGAACAAGCUUGUCUCUAUACCAAUCGAGGAGUUUCCCAACAAAUUGAGAAGUGUAUUGAGAAAGUUCAAGCAAGUUGAAGCUGAAGUGGCAGCCUUGAAAAUUUCAUAUUUGAAGAGACUUAAUAAGGGCUCAAGGAUCGUAAUAAUGGAUUCUGAAUUUGCAUCAAGGAAACUCUGCAAACUGGAAUCUAUCUUAAAUAAGUACAAAAUAGCCGGUAUGGGGAUGUGGCAAAGAUUGUGGCAAAGGCUCUUACUUCACUUGGAUUCAAGAACACAUGGAUUUUGACUGAUGGGUUUUCAGGAGGCAGAGGGUGGCUGCAAAGUUGUUUGGGAACAGAGUCCUAUGGUACCUCAUUUGCCCAAAUAUUGUCCCCAUCUAGGGUAAUUCCAGCAAGCUCUGGUACUCGGCGUCUUCUUGCUGGUGGGGUGGAUGAAUGAGAACCUUGUAAUUUGUUUGGAAGUUAAAUCUAUUGUAAGAGAUGAUCUCCAAAAUGUUGCAAUCCAUGUGUAUCAUAGGAUCUACUCAGUCUCAGAGUCCUUUGCAUUGGCUUUAGAUUAGAUGAUUUCUGAGGAAAAUACUAUGGCCUUCCAUUGAAAGUAGUUCAUGUAUGGAUUAAUUUUCCUAUCCCUCAUAAUUGUAUUCUUUCUUCCAAUUUUACUCA